UAGGUCGAAAUAGGUCGCUGUUUGGGCGAUCUUUGCGGGCACGCUUGCAAGUGACAAAAAAAUAAGAUAAAAUAGGGCUUUUGAAUUGAGAGAGAAGGAGGUAGAUUUUUCCAAGCAGUAUUAACGAUUUUUCCCAAUUAUGGCUUCCCCGAAAGUGGAUUGGGCCAAAUAUACCGACGAGCAAGAAAGCCUUGCCUCCAAGGUGACAAAUUUGGGUAUAUCCCAGCCUACUACAACACCACAGGAUGGAAGCGAAUCGUCGAAAAGCGAUGAAACCGAGGAUCAGAUAUCACCAGCAGAAAAAUCACUGCUGCAGAAGAUUAUCAGAAAAGGGCUGGUUGAGACCACCAAGGAUCUAGAGAUUCAACGAAAAGAUCCCACAUCCCCUUUGUACAGCAUUAAGACCUUCGAAGCACUCCAUUUGAAGCCAGCACUCUUGAAAGGAGUUUACGCAAUGGGGUUCAACGCGCCUUCAAAAAUUCAGGAGACUGCUCUUCCAACACUACUUGCAGACCCACCACAAAACAUGAUUGCGCAAUCACAGUCUGGUACCGGCAAGACUGCAGCCUUUGUUCUAGCUAUGCUAAGCCGAGUAGACCCCAACAAGGACUAUCCCCAAGUUCUCUGUCUAUCACCUACGUAUGAAUUAGCCAUUCAAACUGGCGAAGUUGCAGCAAAAAUGUCUCAAUUUUGUCCAGAAAUUAAGCUGAAAUAUGCUGUUCGAGGAGAAGAAAUUGCUCGAGGUACGAAAAUCACCGACCAUAUAAUAAUUGGAACUCCGGGAAAAGUUCUGGAUUGGGCUAUAAAGUUCAGAUUUUUCGACCUGAGAAAAAUCUCGGUCUUUGUUUUGGACGAGGCAGAUGUAAUGAUUGCCACUCAAGGACACCAGGAUCAAUGCAUCCGGAUCCACAAGUUGCUGCCUCGCACUUGUCAGAUGAUGUUUUUCUCUGCGACGUAUGAAACGGCAGUGAUGGAAUUUGCUGAGAUAAUCGUGAGCAAUCCGUUGAUAAUACGUUUGCUGAAAGAGGAGGAAAGUUUGGACAACAUCAAACAGUACUACGUCAAGUGCAAGAACAUGGACGAAAAGUACACAGCUAUCACCAAUAUUUAUGGCGUGAUCACCAUUGGACAAGCUAUCAUUUUCUGUCACACGAGAAAAACAGCCGGCUGGCUAGCAGAAAAGAUGAGUAAAGAUGGUCACGCUGUGGCAGUUUUAUCUGGUGACCUGACUGUCGAGCAACGCAUUGCUGUUUUAGACAGGUUUCGAGCGGGUCUUGAAAAGGUUCUCAUCACCACAAAUGUCUUGGCUAGAGGAAUUGAUGUUGAGCAAGUAACAAUCGUUGUGAACUUCGACCUACCAAUUGACCAAGACCGCCAAGCAGAUUGUGCAACUUAUCUACACAGGAUCGGGCGCACGGGCAGAUUCGGAAAAUCUGGUAUCGCCAUUAAUCUAGUGGAUUCAUCGCACGCGAUGCAAGUCUGUCAAGAUAUAGAGAAACACUUUGGAAAAAAGAUACACUAUUUGGAUGCAGAAGAUGCGGAGGAAAUUGAAAAAAUCGGUGCAUAAAAUAUAGAAUUACGUGUAUAAGGUGUAAUAGCUCAUAAAUAUUAUCCUACUUGAAAGACUAUGGUCGAAACUUUUACACUUUGAUAUCAGGACGGUACUUUGUUAUAAUUUGAGACUAUUGAAUGGUGAGGAAUGUUUCAAUUUUACCAUUAUAACAUAACUAUAGGUUACACAAGAAUUUCUAAACAGUAAAUACUUACGAUACGGCGAUGUAACGUCACGGGCAACGUUUAAUUUUGUGAUAAGUUAGUUACGCUAUAAUUCAAACAGUUGAUUCAGUUGAUUGUGUGAUAUGUUGUGCGAUACGAAUAAUGUAGGUGUAUUGCACACACGUACGGGACAUUAGGUUUAUAUUAUUUAUUUUGUUUUUCCAAGUUAUUACACUGAUGUAUUAAAAUUUGAAAAACAAGCUGUGCUCCGGAAUUAUAGUUUUGUAAAAGUUAUUCCAGCCUUAGCAUGUCGGAUCUUGCAAGCGGUAUCAUAAAUUUAUUUACAUGAAGUGUGAAUUCCGAAUAAAUGAAUAAAGAUAUGUUUCGUAAACAAUGUUUAUUCCUGAGUUUUUUGAACAACAAAUCAGUUACGAUGAACAAUGGGUCUACAACCCACAAGUAGCAUUCGAGUAAAUUAAAGGCACCAAAGAUCUCUAUGAUUUUUACGUCUGAAUUUGAAAUGCAAUAGAUUCUUAUCCACUGUACCAUGCGUUUUCGUGGAUGCGUACCAUAAGGUCUAAUCUGAGCAUGUACUCUAAAUUGGACCCUGAGGAAUGCAAAAGCAAAACCAACAAGAGCGUAGGACCAACGGCAGAGGAAUAUUACGUUUAUCGGUUGUAACUCUUGAUACGUGCUGAAUCGUUAUACAUGUAAAGCAUUGAAAUGAAUCAAGUAUCGACAUCUUUUUUAUUAUUGUUUAUUGUCCAGAAGAAACGCCCUGGACACAACGAAAUAUUUUUAGUAUGAACUAUGCAUUAUGGUAAUAAAAACGUAUGAAAAGGCAUCUUAAUUGUGUACGAGUGCACGAUUCUGGAACAACGAGAAUGAAUUAGACUUUCUUACCUUGAAAAACUGCUACCAUUUUAUUCGAUUUCCUUCUCACUUCUUCAUUUUCUCAGUUUGUUCACACUUCCUCGAUCAACAAUCGUAGAUUUUUCAAUUCUUAGGAUAAAAACCACGAUUCAUUUCAGCGAAUGAUCCAAUUAUGUCUUAUCAGUCGUAGUUUAUUGAAGGAAAUGAAUGACAAAAUCAUUGUUAAAUUUGACAAUGACACGAUUUUCUUUAUUCGUUGUAUGUAAGGUGUGUUUUUAGUAUUGAUGACAGAUGCGCAUCAACAAUGCAAUGUAGUGGUUAUUAAUUGAUUAUUUUAUUAUAUAUUACUUACAAACAUUUACAAAUGUAACAAGUCAAUUCAUAUUUGGCGUAUAUGAUAGUCGGAAAAAAUUACAAUGCAUAUAAUCAUUAUUAAUUAUACGAUAGAAACAACAAAUCAAUACGAAUAUGAGCAAAAUAAGCGAAAAGAAAAACCUUCUCUGCUUAUUACGUAAUGUUCGAUCGCUUAUUAAUAUUUAGCUAAUUACUUGAAACUCACAGGUUCGUGUGAAUACCUGCAAUAAUCUUCCGAUAACCUGAUGUCUCUACAUAAAGUGUUUACCAAUAAAUAAACGAAAUAUAAUUAAAUAUAAUGGUUGGGGAUUGGCCGUGUUUCGAGGAGCAAACAGGCAUGCACCAGAAAUUAGCUUUGUACAAGUUAAAUAUCAAUGAAUAACGAGUGUCUAAAUUGAAAUAUUUUACAAUUUUCAUACAGAGAACCAAAUUAAUCAAAUAUCCAUAUUUUUUAGGUAGCUAUUAUUAUACAUAUUAAUACGCCGGAUUUGUUCAUCAAUAUUUGUUACAACUGCAGUCAACUUCUUCAAGUUGAUGAUUAUGUUAUCAACGAUCUUAACGAUUCAACGCCGAUUGAUACAGAGGGAAAUUUCUGAUAACGACGAAUAACGAUCAGAGAAACAUGAAACAUAAAACCUUCAGCUAUGAUCCUCAAAGUGAAAAAUGAAUGAUUGUGCACUACGUAUAGGCCUUUCAAAUAAAAUUAAUCUUACUACGCUUGUACGUAUGUAUAAUACGUUAUUGUAAGUUCGGUGACGGUGUUCGUUUUUUCAAAAAGAAAUAAAUUCAAUGUUUUGGCAAUGUCAAAUGCUUCGUUCUCGUUCUCCACUAU